AUGCAGGAUGACUGCCUUCUACCUCAUCUUACUAUACGGGAAGCGAUGUACGUUUCAGCAAAUCUAAAGCUGGGGAAAGACAUGACAGUUACCGCCAAGAAAAUUGUGAUCGAUGAAAUCCUAGAAAUGUUGAGUCUUGUAGAUGCAGCUGACACUCGUACGAUAAAUCUAUCAGGCGGCCAAAAGAAACGUCUGUCGAUAGCUUUAGAGUUGGUUAACAAUCCACCUGUGAUGUUCUUCGAUGAACCGACUUCAGGAUUGGAUAGUUCGUCAUGUUUCCAAUGCAUAUCGUUAUUGAAGUCGUUAGCAAGAGGCGGCAGAACCAUUAUAUGCACUAUACACCAACCGUCCGCGCGAUUGUUUGAAAUGUUCGACUUUUUGUACACGUUGUCAGAAGGGCAAUGUAUAUACCAGGGAAGAGUUUGUGGCUUGGUACCCUUUUUAUCGUCAAUGAGUCUACAUUGUCCGAGCUAUCACAAUCCUGCUGAUUAUGUGAUGGAAGUUGCGACGGGCGAGCACGGUGAUUGGGUGCACAAGUUGGUGAUGGCAGUCAACAAGGGAUACUGUGGCCGCGGGCAGUCAUCAACAUCGUCCUCAUCAUCGUCCGUCCCACAAAACUUCAACUUUAACAACCAAAGUAAGAGCAAUGUGAAAAAAGUAGAGGCGUUACAAAUUGUGAUAGAUAAACCCACCUGCACUGUGAUAGACAUGUCCGAACCAAAUAUAAACACCGAAAAACAAAACGCUUUACCCAACGCCACAACCCUCGCACCAGUGACUUGCACCACUUCCCUACUUGACUCAAGUGAAAGUUUCACGAAGAAACCUGUCAACGCUGGUUUUCCUACGUCCGGCUGGAAGCAAUUCUGGAUUUUGUUGAAACGGACGUUCAGGAGCAUCUUACGUGAUCAAAUGUUGACGCAUUUGAGGCUAUGUUCGCAUACAGUCGUCGGCCUGUUGAUCGGGUUCCUGUAUUACGAUAUAGGCCAUGACGCGGCUAAAGUGAUGAGCAACGCUGGCUGUAUAUUCUUUACUGUGAUGUUUACUAUGUUUACAGCUAUGAUGCCUACUAUACUUACAUUCCCAACAGAGAUGAGCGUGUUUGUGCGAGAGCAUUUGAACUAUUGGUACUCAUUGAAAGCGUUCUACUUCGCGAAGACUAUGGCGGAUUUACCGUUUCAGAUCGUGUUCAGUGGCGUGUACGUGAUAAUCGUAUACUUUAUGACUGGGCAGCCGAUGCAAACGGACAGAGUGUUAAUGUUCACUACAAUAAACAUUCUGACAGCGCUGGUCGCCCAAUCGCUAGGCUUGCUCAUAGGAGCCGCCAUGAAAAUCGAAACCGGAGUCUAUCUCGGACCUGUAACGACCAUUCCCGUCGUUCUCUUCUCCGGUUUCUUCGUGAACUUCAACGCGAUACCAAGCUACUUGCAAUGGUUAACAUACCUCAGUUACGUCAGAUACGGUUUUGAGGGCGCAAUGUUGUCAGUCUAUGGAUUUGGAAGAGAGAAACUUCACUGCUCUGAAGCAUACUGCCAUUUUAGAAAUCCAGACAUGUUCCUCAAGGAGAUGACGAUGGAUCAUGCAAAUUUCUGGGUCGACGUUGCAGCGUUGAGUGCUUUCUUCGUUUUCAUUAGAGUAAUUUCAUAUUUAGUUCUAAGAUUCAAGUUAAAGAUGAUGCAGUAG